AUGGCAUCCAAAGCAGCAUAUGAGAACAAAGCCUACAUUGAAACUAUUGUCACCCAAAAAUGGAAGAUGGAAUUUUUGGGAUCUUAUGACUGCUGGAAUGAUUUUCAAGAAAGAGCCACAACACGAGCCUUUAUGCUUUAUGAUAGAAAUGAGGAUGGCCAGGAUACUAUUGUUGUGUCCUUUAGAGGUACUAAAAUUUUUAAUGCACACGCAUGGAGUACUAGCUUCGAUCUCUCUUGGUUUGAGAUUGAUGGCAUAGGCAAGAUUCAUGGCGGUUUUAUGAAGGCUCUAGGUUUACUAAAGGUCAAAGGUUGGCCCAAAGACAUCGACAAGCAACAGGAUGACCGCCCGGCACCCUUAGCAUACUAUGCGGUCAGGGAUAUGUUAAAAGAGCUCCUAAGCAAAAACGAUAGAGCAAAAUUUAUAGUGACAGGCCACAGUUUAGGCGGUGCGUUGGCUAUUCUCUUUACAGCGAUUUUGGCAAAGAACAAGGAGACAGAGUUAUUGGAAAGAUUGGAGGGGGUGUACACAUUUGGGCAACCCAGAGUAGGAGAUGAAAAAUUUGUUGAGUUCAUGAAAAAGAAAUUAAAAGAGAAUUCCAUUUAUUACGUUAGGUUUGUUUACGGUAAUGAUAUUGUGCCUAGGUUGCCUUGUGAUAACUCUGAGCUUAUGUUCAAGCACUUUGGGCAGUGCCUCCACUACAACACCUUAUAUCAAGGAAAGGUGGUUGAAGAAGUACCAAAUAAGAACUACUUCUCACCAUUGGAGGCAAUUCCCAUGAUGAUGAAUGCAGUUCGGGAAUUUAUAAGAAGCUUUACUUUGUGGCGCUCAAAGGGGCGGGACUAUGAAGAAGGAGGGCUACUCAAAGUGAUUAGAGUAAUGGGAUUGAUAGCCCCCGGUAUAUCAGCUCAUUCUAUCCAAGAUUAUGUCAACGUUACUCGCCUGGGAUCCAAGGAUAUUUUGUUCCACCCCAAGAGACUGUAA